UUGUCAAGACAACAUGUAAACUCUCGCUUGAGUACACCGACAUGGCGGAGCUGUUGAAAAUAAAACGCGAAUUUGAAGAGUUCCAAAAGGAAUACUACUAUACAAACAGAGAAGCUGAUGAGAACAGAGAGAAGGAGAACCAGGCCGUCACCCAGAUCCAGAGCUGGUUCAGAGGCUGCAAGGUGCGGGCUUACCUCAGCCAUCUGCACAAGAAGGCAAUCAUUAUACAGAAGAUAUGGCGGGGCUUCACAGCAAGGGCACGUGUCAGACAAAUGGUGAAGGCGGCAUAUUUUAUCAUGAAGAUGAAUUUCUACGAGGAGAUGGCGGUCAGGAUCCAGCGGACAUGGAGAGGAUUCUUUGUGAGGAAGUAUAUCCAUAACUUCUAUGCACGAAAAAAGUAUAUGGAAGGACUUGUCAUGAAAAAUGAACUAGUCAGGAGGGAGCUUGAUCAGCUGGAAGAUCUCCAGAAAAGGGAGAGAGACUGUCUGGAUAUGGUGAAAGAGCACACUGCCAAAGUCUAUCAAGCUCAUCGGUUACAUCAUCUCCUUAGUACAAAGCAGUGCCCAGGGGUCUUCAACUCUCCAUUCAGGCCAGCUCCUCAUGAGAUGGAGCUGCUGCUGAGGCAGCAGGUCAAGUACCAGGCCCCCACCAGGCUGGCCUCCAGGGGCAAGGCUUGUCUCUUGGGCAUCCCAAGCUCAACAAGCUCUAGUUUCCCUGUGACUCUUGGAUCCCCAUUGAUCAAAACCUCUAGAACUUACAGCUCCAGGCCCAUACUGCCUCCCAUUGCCAACAAGACACAGCAGGGUCUUUACGGAGAAGCAGGAGAGGCUUGGGAGCAGCGCUUGCAUUGUCGUGAAUUGAUGUUAUGUCUGCAGACCUCUUACAUGCACCUAGAGGAGGCCCAGAAUCAGCUACGUGAACUCGAGCCAGUGAGACUUAGAGGAACAGGAAGUACACUUCACCAUUUGAGCCAGAGCAGCAGUUCAUUUCCUCAUCCAGCCCAUACCGGCAAGAGCUUCAGAUGAUUAAUAUACACUGGUUAUCAGAGGAGUUUUACCCAGUGGAUGAAGACAUUACCCAGGGAUUCAACUGCACAUAAAAAAUGCUCUUUGCAUCACAAGGUAUUAUGCUUGUCAAUGAAAACGACACCAAAGACAAAACCCAGUUUAAUCAAUUGUAACUGCGUUCUCCCCUAAUUGUUCCCUGACUUUUCCACUAUGCACAUCGGAGCGUCACUGAAAUGUAAUCCACCCCAAUAAAAAUCUUUAGUGGGAAAAAGUAACAGUUU